AUGCGGUACAAGGGAUGCCUGCUCGCGCUCGUUCUAUUCGCUGUUGUGGAAGCUGAGCAAAUGAGAAUACGACGAGCUUCAGCUAAGCGAUUGCCAAGCCAAGAAGAAGCGGAUUGUCCACGGGGAUGUCGUUGUGAGCGAGUAACGGUGACCUGUUUGGAGCGAGGUUUCAAAGAUGCGAGCGUUUUCGAACAGUUGCACGCGCUCGCUUUCCCCCAUUUGGACACGAUUGUUGUGACGGGGAAUCGUUUCGGCGAUAUCGCUUUCCCAAUUUUCGGAGACAGCGAGAUGCACGAAGGGGUCACUUUAUUGAAUCUGACAUCAAGCGGAGUGACAAAGAUCGGCAAGGAAACGUUUCAGGCAACUCCAAACCUCGAGUACUUGUACUUGGACGGGAACAAGAUCUCCUCAGUGAACUCACGACCUUUCGAGGCUUUGGAAAAGUUGAAAGGAUUGCAUUUGAAGAAAGCAUUAGGCGAUAAAAGCGGCAGUGCUAAAGCUGACCUUCUCUCAGUGCUGUUCGACUCGAAAACCCGGGGCUUUGAUGAGUUACAAGAGAUCGAUUUGAGUGAGAACGGAUUGGAAAAAAUCCAUCCGGACACAUUUUGCAAGGUGGCCGGCUUGGCGAGGCUGAUUCUAGCUGGGAACAAGUUGACGAGUUUCACGGCGGCUCCGAAAUGUCUUCAACAGUUGAAACAGCUCAUGCUUUCUGGAAACGCUUUUACCACAGUCCCCAAGUCAAUGUUCGACAUGUUGCCAAAUGUGAACGCGUUUGACAUAUCGAAGAAUCCCCUCGUUUGCGAUUGCGAGCUGAUGCCGUUUGUUGAAAUGGCCAGGAAUAACCCGACCGAUUACGUGAAUGCGGGAGAAACCACAUGUGCGGCACCAUCGAAUUACCGCGAUCAACACGUUUUCGACUUCAAGGGAGAUCUCUGUGAGGGCCGCUCAUUUCUCCCACAUUUCAUCUUGUUGUUAGUGAUUGCUGGAGCGGUUUUCUUUGUUUAUCGCCGUUUCCGUGAUCGAAUCCCCGUGCCACCACCAUUCCAGUUCGGCUAUCAGAAUCUAAACGACGCGGCCACUCGACAGGAACAAGUAAAACCGGAAUUUGUU